UUUUGCUAUAAAUAUGCAGCUCUUAUAGCAGAAUAGGCACCAGAAUUAAGAGUGUAGAGAAGCAUUAUUCGAGAACACAAACUAAAAUGGAGGUAGAGCAAGUGCUUCACAUGAAUGGAGGAAUUGGGAAAACAAGCUAUGCAACCAACUCUCUACUUCAAAGAGCUGUGAUUUCGACGGUGAAGCCCAUAGUUAAGGCAAGCAUAGAGCAGCUUUGCAGCACACUCUUCUCUGACUGUUUGAAAAUAGCAGACUUGGGAUGCUCUUCCGGACCCAACACCCUUUUGGCGGUAUCAGAUAUCAUACACAACAUCCAUGCCACCUUCCAAAAACUGAACCGUCCAUCUCCUUCACUCCAAGCCUUCUUGAAUGAUCUUCCUGGGAACGAUUUCAACACUGUGUUCAGGUCAUUGCCAGGGUUCUACAAGAAACUUGAGGAAGAACAGAAGUUGGGGCCAUGUUUCAUUACUGCAAUGCCUGGUUCUUUCUAUGGCAGGCUCUUUCCAAACAAUUCUCUCCACUUUGUUCACUCUAAUUAUGCCCUUAUGUGGAUCUCUGAGGCUCCGAAAGGUUUGAUGACCAAGGAAGGAGAGGGACUAAACAAGAAGAACAUAUGUAUAGCAAAAACAAGCCCAUAUGCUGUGUAUAAGUUGUAUUUGGAGCAAUUCAAAAAGGACUUUACGGUGUUUUUGAGGUCACGAGCAGAAGAGCUGGUCCCCGGAGGAAGUAUGGUCCUAACCACAAUGGGCAGCAUAAAGAGCCAUGACCCACUUUGCAUUUGGGAAGUUGUCGGUCAACUCAAUGAUAUGGUUUUAGAGGGUUUGAUUGAGAAGGAAAAACUGGAGAUCUUCAAUCUGCCAUAUUAUGCACCAACAACAAAGGAGGUUGAAGAUGUAAUCGAGGCUGAAGGAUCUUUUACUUUGCAAAGCCUUGAAGUUUUCAAAAAUGAUUGGGACUCUUAUAUAAAGCAUGCUGACAGUGGCCUUGAUAGAAAGGCAAGGGCUGCCGUACUUGCCACUGAUAUAAGGGCUGUGGGAGAGCCUAUUCUGGCAACCCAAUUCGGAGAAGCAGCUAUGGACGAUUUGUUUCACCGGUUCGAAGAAGAUGUCCUUGAUCACAUGGAAAUGGAGAAUUGCCAGUACAUUAACCUGGUUAUCUCGUUGACAAAGAAGCGUUGAACAAGAUGAAUAUGCAAGAAAUGACAACGUGGUUUAGGCUAUAUUGUUCUUUUUAUCAUUCUGCAUUUCAUGUUUUGUACCUCAUGAUAAGAAAUAAAUGUGCUUAUUACUCUUUAAGUAUUGUAGAAGAUCAGCAAUCUUUCAGUAAAAUGAGGAAGAUGAACUGAAGAGAAAGAGCGCUUCUGUCUUUUUAUGUAUCUUGGAAAACAUAAAUAAUUAUGAGGAGUGUUGAGUAUA